GAUGCACUUUCACUUCUCAGAACAGACAGGGCAGAGGAGUGCAAUAGUCACUUUGUUCUCCUGGGAAGCAGAAGCAAGUGUCCCUUAUUUCAUUUGAAGGAGAAGAAGGAACACAUUUCUGAUAUUACACAAUGACUUCUGGGUUGUUUUUAUUUGGCCUAGCUUGUGCCUUAAUCCAAAAUGUUGAGUCUGAUACAUUUGUCUGCCCAAAAGAGGUGACUGGAAAAUUGGAAGGGUCAGUAUCCAUCACUUGCGCAUACUCAACUAUUACGAAGGCCAAUAAGCAUAGCCGCAAGUUUGUUUGCCAAGAACGAGGAAGGUCUGGAAAAUGUCAAUAUACAAUCGCCUCUACGAAUAACUAUGUACACCAGAACUUUUUCGGCCGUGUUUCAAUUGAAGACAAUAAAAACGACGGCUUGGUCACCAUUACUUUGUCUAACUUAAGGAAAACUGAUGAAGGCACUUACAUUUGUGGCUUGGGCACAGAUGUGAAUGGGAUUAAAGCUAUGUUCACUUUGGCUGUCACUGAAGACUCAGUCAUUCCAAAUGAAGCAGAACUUGUCUAUGGUCAGUUGAGGGGUGCAGUGAAGUUCCAUUGUGAAUUUGGAGAUCAACAUGCUGAACUGAGGAAAUAUCUGUGCAAAAUAGAAAAAAAUGGCUGCAAGAAUGUUAUUGAUAGUUCAGGAGCAAUUGAUACUGCAUACCAAGGAAGAAUCAUUCUCCAAAGAGAUGAAAAGAGGCCAGCAAGUUUUACUGUCAAAAUAAUACAAUUGAGAACUGAAGAUUCUGGAUGGUUUUCCUGUGGUGUGGGUAACUAUGGAGGUGAAGGAGACACUACAGAGAUUGAUUUGAGGAUCAAUGAAGAGACUGAUAUACCCCAGGGAUCUAAACUAUUGUCUACCAGAUUGGGUGGAUCAGUGUCUGCUCAGUGCCACUACAAUCCUAAAAAGAACUACACUGUUAAAUUCUGGUGUAAAUUGGAAGAUUCGAGCUGUGAGCCACUCAUUAAAACAGAUGGCUAUAUCAAGGAUGUUUUUGAGGGAAGACUGCUUAUUCAUGAUAACACUACAAAUGGAACUAUGCAGGUCCUCAUGAACCAGAUUACUAAAAUAGAUGAAGGCUGGUAUUGGUGUGUGUUGACUGAUGGAAAACAUGACCAAACCUCAACUGUACAAAUCAAGAUUUCUGAAGAAAAUCAUGAAGGAUUGACUGCUGGCACAAUAGUGCAGGUUAAGAAUGGGGAAACAGCUAAAAUCACAUGUUCCUAUCCAUGCAAGUACAAAUCCUAUAAGAAAUAUUGGUGCAAAUGGAAUAACAAUGAUUGCAAUGAAGUAUCCGUUAAAAUUGAUGGUGGUGAAGAUGGUCUGAGUGUAUCAUGUGAGAAUCAGCAACUGGUCCUUACCAUUCAAUCAAUAUCUGAAAAAGACAGCGGAUGGUAUUGGUGUGGAGUCCAAAAAUCUGGAAGAUAUGGAGAAACUUUAGCAGUGCAAGUGCAUGUAAUAACGGAAGAAGCAACAAGUGACGUUUCUGAUUCUAAGAUUAAGUCGCGUGUUAACAGUGUGGAAAAGGAGAUUGUUAACUCACACAGUGAGAACAAACAAAACAGCGUGCUUCCUGCGGUUCUGUCCGUUUGUGCUGCAGGCCUGGUGGCUGCUGCUGUUUUCUUCAUCAUUCGAUAUAAAAGAAAAAGGAAUUCAGAUUUGGUUUCUGUUGGAAGCUACAGGACUAACAUAAGCAUGACUGACCUGGAUAAUGAUAUAGGCAAGGAGAACCCUGCUGUAAUUGGUACGCAGGAAACUGAUAUCAGCAACUCAAAAGAUGGAGCAAAGAUCAAGAAAAAGGGGUCUCAAGAAGAUCUUGAUUAUUCCAGCUUCCUUAUCCAUCACAGCGGCUCGCCAAAUGAAGAAAAUGCUGUUUAAAUUUACCAAGUCACAUACACAAAUCACGCAAUAACAUAUCUAUGCACAUUCAAUCAUUAAUCAUUGCAGCCACAGCUAAAUGUCUGUGUCUUUAUUGCAUACCUUAUAUGCAAAACUGCAUAUUUACUUACAUAACACAAAUACUUGUAAUGAAUCGACAGAAGAAUGCACAACACAUGAGAAAUUUACAUCCAGCAUGAUUCAAAGGACCACAGGGGUGCUAACAAUGAGACACUGUACAUUUGGCACUAAAGUGAGAAGCUCGGAGACAGAGAUCAAAUGGCUCAUCCAAAUAUUUGAUGGCAUUAGAUUAAUCGAAGGAAAACUCCCACACGGGAGACAAAUAUUGGUAUUAACGUAUUAUA